AUGCCUCGAGGCAAGAAAGACACCACAACGUUCAAGAACAGCCCUUUCAAGCAGCACCCUUUGGCAGUGAUGCCGACUUCAAUGCUGCUCCGAUCUCUCUUCAUUACCACAGUUUCAUCCAACAAAUUCUUACUUACCCUAUCACUCCAUCUCCUCUCAUUCUUGGCAAAACCAAACCGCGGUCUUUUAUUCAACGUGGACAGGAAUCUUGUGCUCAAGGGAAUCCUGAAGCAAACGCUAUACAAACAGUUCUGUGCGGGAGAGACAGAGCAGGAGACGAGAGCUUGCGUACGGAAACUGAAAGACCUGGGCUUCAAAGCCGUUAUUCUUACAUUUGCGAAAGAGACAGUAUUCGAUUAUAGGAGCAAGUCGCCAGAUUUGCACUCUCCAGAGAAAGCAGUGGAGACGGCGACAACCCAUGACGUCGAUAUCGAGACAUGGCGGAUUGGAACAUUGAAGACCGUCGAUAUGAUCUCCAAGGGUGACAUACUGGCGAUAAAGACGACUGGAGGUGGUCUCAUGGUUACAGAAACUCUAAGCAGAGGAGAACUUCCUCCACAGCAGAUGCUCGACGCACUAGAUGAGGUUGCUAUCAAGUGUAAGCAACGCGGCAUCCAGAUCAUCAUCGAUGCUGAAUCUCAGCAUUGGCAGAACGGCAUUAAUCGCACCGCGCUCGAGCUCAUGCGCAAGUUCAACACGGAUGGAACGGCUGUCAUCUACAACACCUACCAAGCCUACCUAAAGAGCACGCCAUUAGUACUGGCCCACCAUAUGGCAGAAGCGGAGAAAGACGGGUUUACACUCGGUGUGAAGCUUGUACGUGGCGCCUAUCUCUUGUCAGACGACCGAUCCUUGAUCCAUGACUUCAAGGAAGACAUAGACAACGCAUACAAUGGCACAUCACAUGGAAUACUUCAACGUGAGCUGGGUGAAUUCGGCGCAUUUCGUCCCUUUCCGUCUAUAAGCCUCUUCCUCGCAUCACACAACCGCGACUCCGUGCUCUCAGCCAACAAAUUACACCGUCAACGCACAAAAGCUGGUCUUCCUACCGUCCCUGUCGCAUUUGGUCAACUCUAUGGCAUGUCUGACGAGGUCAGUUAUACAUUGCUGGCAGAUAAGGGCGAUGGUGAACUGCCACCUGAGGUGUUGAAGUGCUCCACUUGGGGUAGCAUAGGAGAAUGCGUGGGCUACCUGCUCCGACGAGCAGUGGAGAACCAACAAGCUGUGUUAAGAACAAAAGACGAGCUGGCUGCUCUACAAGCAGAACUGUGCAGGCGGCUCUUGAACUAA